CUCUCUCUCUUCUUUAGCCUCACAUCUACUUCGAUAGAUUUGCCCCUACUCUUCCAUCCAAAAUCAAAUCAUUAAUUUUAUACCCCAUUUUCCAUUACUCUUUUCUUUUCUUUUUCGAUUUUUAUGCCACCUUUUACCAUUUAUAUUGCCCACUUCGCUAGCUCAUUUCUCCCACCCUUUUCCCAUUACUUGCUUGUGUCCACUUCUGUCUCUCUGUCUAACUUGAUAUCUUUCCCCACAUUGGCUUGCUGCUUAGAGUUAGAGAUAUAGCGAGUUACUACAGUAUGGGUGACAUUGCUUGUUCUAAUGGGAUUAGUAAUGGGACUAAUGGGGUUAAUGGGAAAGGCCAUCCAUCUCCAAAUGGCUACAGGAAGAGUUGCUGGUAUGAAGAAGAGAUUGAAGAGAACUUAAGAUGGUGUUUUGCCCUCAAUAGCAUUUUGCAUACAGGAGUCUCUCAGUAUCAGGACAUUGCCCUGUUGGACACAAAGCCAUUUGGAAAGGCUUUAGUGAUUGAUGGAAAGCUUCAAAGUGCAGAGGUGGAUGAAUUUAUCUACCAUGAAUGCCUUGUUCAUCCAGCAAUUCUUCAUCAUUCAAAUUCAAAGACCAUCUUCAUAAUGGGAGGAGGUGAAGGAUCAACUGCAAGAGAAAUACUGAGACAUAGGACUGUGGAGAAGGUUGUCAUGUGUGAUAUUGAUGAGGAGGUGGUAGACUUCUGCAAGGCCUACUUGGCUGUGAAUAGAGAAGCUUUCUGUGAUCCAAGAUUAGAGAUCAUUAUCAAUGAUGCCAGGAAUGAGCUAGAAAGCAGGAAAGAAUGCUAUGAUGUGAUAAUAGGGGAUUUGGCAGACCCAAUAGAAGGAGGCCCGUGUUACAAACUCUACACCAAAUCCUUUUAUGAGUUAACUGUCAAACCCAGACUCAAUCAGGGUGGGAUUUUUGUCACACAGGCAGGACCAGCUGGAAUUUUCAGCCAUACAGAAGUGUUCUCUUGUAUCUACAACACUUUAAGGCAGGUUUUCAAAUAUGUUGUGCCUUAUUCAGCUCAUAUUCCUUCUUAUGCUGAUACUUGGGGAUGGGUCAUGGCUUCAGAUUCACCAUUGGUGCUGAAUGCUGAUGACUUAGACCUAAGAAUAAAACAGAAAAUCAAAGGGGAGAACAGGUACCUUGACGGGAAAACAUUUUCAUCUGCCUCUACCUUGUGCAAAGCAGUUCGUAAAUCGCUGGACAAUGAAACUCAUGUAUACACUGAAGGAACUGCAAGAUUCAUAUAUGGGCAUGGCAAGCAAGAUCAUGCUUAAGAAAAUUAAUAGAAAGGAGCCCCUACCAAAAGCACAAUAGUUAUUUUUAAGAAUGCAAGUGGAAUAUAAUCUUGAGUCUUUUUUUUUUCUUAUUUCUUUUUGGGUUUUUAUAUGUUUAUUUAUCUUAUAAAGCAUGGACCUUUUUUGCUUCCUUUUUCGCUUGUGUAGUUAUGUACCUUAAUGGUAAGAUAUAAUGGUAAUGGAUCCUUGUUUGUGUUUCUAUUAUUA